UCUGGGAGGCGGGACGAGGCGGAGGCGGUGGCGGUGGCCGCUGCAGUCUUCCCUGGCAGAACUCAGGACUCCUUCCCUCGGUCCGGUCGGCGAGUCCCCGCUUGUGGCAGGCCCCAGCCCCAGCAAACCAUUCACAAUUUUGGAAUUUAAAGAAUGUCAUCAUGGCAAAAUUUCGAAGAAAGACUUGCAUCAUUUUGUCACUUUUUAUUCUAUUUAUUUUCUCUCUGAUGAUGGGCUUAAAGUUGCUGAGGCCAAAUACAGCAUCCUUUGGAACUCCUUUUGGGCUUGACCUUCUUCCAGAACUUCAUCUACCAAACGCCCCCUUGGGAAACAAAGCUGACUUCCAAAAGAGUGAUAGAAUCAACAUGGAAAGAAAUACGAAGAACUCAAAAGCUGCUGACGUGCCUGUGAGGCCACCCAAAGCCUCGGAGGCGACCCUGGAAGAACUGCCUCCUCUGAAUUAUUUUUUACACGUAUUUUAUUACAGUUGGUAUGGAAAUCCACAAUUUGAUGGCAAAUACAUACACUGGAAUCAUCCCGUCCUGGAGCACUGGGACCCUAGAAUAGCUAAGAACUAUCCACAAGGGAGACAUACUCCACCAGAUGACAUUGGCUCCAACUUUUAUCCUGAGUUAGGAAGUUACAGCUCUCGGGACCCUUCUGUCAUAGAAACUCACAUGAGACAAAUGAGCUCAGCCUCGAUUGGAGUCCUGGCCCUUUCUUGGUACCCACCUGAUUCGAGUGAUGAUAAUGGAGAAGCUACUGAUCACUUGGUACCAACGAUUAUGGAUAAAGCUCAUAAAUAUAAUCUGAAGGUCACCUUUCAUAUAGAGCCGUAUAGCAAUCGAGAUGAUCAAAACAUGCAUAAAAAUGUCAAGUAUAUUAUAGACACAUACGGAAACCAUCCAGCCUUUUAUAGGUACAAGACAAGUACGGGGCAAUCUCUGCCUAUGUUUUAUGUCUAUGAUUCCUAUAUAACAAAACCUAAAAUGUGGGCCAAUCUGUUAACACCUUCAGGAUCUCAGAGUGUCCGCGGUACUCCUUAUGAUGGAUUGUUUAUUGCACUUCUCGUAGAAGAAAAGCAUAAAUAUGAUAUUCUUCAAAGUGGUUUUGAUGGAAUUUACACAUAUUUUGCCACCAAUGGUUUCACGUAUGGCUCAUCACAUCAGAACUGGGCAAACCUGAAGUCAUUUUGUGAUGAGAACAACUUGAUGUUUAUCCCAAGUGUAGGCCCAGGAUACAUUGAUACAAACAUUCGUCCAUGGAACUCUCAGAACACUAGGAACCGCAUCAAUGGGAAGUAUUAUGAAGUCGGUCUAAGCACUGCACUCCAGACCCACCCCAGUUUAAUCUCCAUCACCUCUUUCAAUGAGUGGCAUGAAGGAACUCAGAUUGAAAAUGCUGUCCCCAAGAGAACCACUAACACAGUAUACCUGGAUUACCGACCUCAUAAGCCAAGUUAUUAUCUAGAACUAACCCGAAAAUGGUCAGAAAAAUACAGUAAGGAAAGAAUGGCAUACGCAUUAGAUCAACAGCUGCCUGCUUCGUAAUGUAUAUUAUAGUUUAUUUAUCAAAUUGCCUAACUUCAGUAAACAUCCUAUGUUUUGAUUAUGAAGAGAAAACUGUCAAACUCAAUGUGCAUUUGGCUACUGUUCCCUCUGCCAGUUACUUCAUUUUUAUUUUUAAAAGAAGAUAUCACUUGUUCUAUACAGAACCAUACAAAGAAAACAUCUCAUGAGAGAUGUCAUGCGGUAGCAUUCUUUAUGGCGUAUUUUUCUGAAGUUUGAAUGGGAUGGCCAUUUAGGUUUCUGUUUCACAGUAGAGAAAGUGCUUGCAUUUAUAAACUAGCUAACAUGCAGGUAAGCUGUACUUGUAUUCUGAAUCCAAAGACAGGAGCAUGUACGUGUUAGGUACAUCUGACCACAGAAAUAGAGAACAAAAGGACAGUAGAUGGAUAUGCAUCAUUUCUGAACUCUUUGCUGGCUCUCAGUUUUGUUCGUAUUCAGUUUUUGGCUGGCUUCCCCUAGUGAUCAAAUGCACUUGUCAAAUUUCUUGUGAGCAAAAACUUGUUUAAAUUACAGGCUAUUUUAUUUUAUUUUCUAAUCUGACUGUUAGCCAUAUUCUUUUUUAAAUUGUUUUUAUUGAGCUAUAUAUUUUUCUUCACUUUCUUCCUCCCCUCUCCUAUCCUCUCUCAUGAU